UUUGGUUUUUUAUUUUAUUUUAUUUUUCCUUUUAUUUUAUUUUUUUCUCUAUCUCACUAUCUUCGCUUUUUCUCAAUCCUCUUGAUCCAUUGCGGGGCUCUCUUUGCUUCUCCUCUCCGCGCUCCAGCCCCCCAUACUCCAUCUCUUUCCCCUCUCUUCACUGCCAUUUCUCCACCUUCCUCUUGAUCGCAUCUCCGAAUAUGGCCAACGCAGCUUCAGGGAUGGCUGUGAAUGACGAUUGCAAGCUGAAAUUCUUGGAAUUGAAAGCGAAGCGAACUCAUCGCUUCAUAGUUUUCAAGAUCGAUGAGAAGCUGAAGCAGGUUAUCGUCGAGAAGGUUGGUGAGCCUAUGUUGGGCUAUGAGGACUUUGCUGCCAGCCUUCCUGCCAAUGAGUGCAGAUAUGCAAUUUUUGACUUUGAUUUUGUGACUGAGGAGAAUUGCCAAAAGAGCAAGAUCUUCUUCAUUGCAUGGUCCCCGGACACAUCAAGAGUAAGAAGCAAGAUGCUGUAUGCGAGCUCGAAGGAUAGGUUCAAGAGGGAGCUGGAUGGUAUUCAAGUGGAAUUGCAAGCGACCGAUCCAACUGAGAUGGGCCUUGAUGUGAUUAGAGGCCGUGCCUACUAGAGUAACUGCUACUAAUUCUUGCAAUGGAUACUCCAUCUCGCAAAUUGGUAGCUUUUAUCGGAAAUGUUUAUAGUCUUGUCGCAUGAUGAACUUUGGUUGAUAUUAUCUCCUUUCCAAAAGUGACUUUUAUUUUGGAUAUAUGAUAUGGUUUGGUUUGAUGGAAUCAACAUGACAAGUGUGUCCUUGUAGCUGAAUUUUUACAUGAUAAUGAUAUGCGACAAUUUGUGUGGUUAAGUGGUGCA